AGACACAAUUUCGUGAAUCAGAACGUGAAAAGCGUCGUUUAGCAGUGGAACUUGAAAAGGAACGAGUUUGUCGGGAUGAAGCAGAGAGUUUAGUUUCUGGAUUACGAAAACAACUUGAAGAAGCUGUUAUUCGAGCAACUGAAUCAGAAUCACGCUCACUUCGUUUAUCUCGUGAACUAACAGCCCUUCAUGAUCAAGGCGAUGAAUUAGCCCAUUGUCGUAAUGAAUUGGCUUUAAGAGAAGAAGAAAUUAAGAAUUUGAAACUACGUGUUAUGGGCUUUCAAGAUUUAAUGGCUCAUACACGAAAGUUGGAAUUGGAAAAAAUUGAUCUACAACAAGAAUGUGAAGAUCUUCGAUUAAAAGUAGAACAACAACUUUCACAAUUAAGAGAAUUUAAAGAAAGACGUAUAAAAUGUAGUGAAAUUGAAGAACUCAAGUCAAAAUUACGUGAUGUUGAAGCACAAUUAUUUCAACAACUACGUGAACGUGAAUUAAUCGAGAAAGAUAUCAGGCAACAGCAUGAAAUGUCCAAACAAUUAAAAUUACAACAAUCUGUUAUGCAACAAUUCAAUGCUAAUUCUAAUACUACUACUAAGUGUAACAAUAAUAAUCAUCAUCUUGAUGACAUUGAAUAUGGUGAAGGUGAAGAAGAAGGAGAAGAAACUAAAGUUGUUAAUCAACAAUCCACGUUGAAUAAUUCAUGUCAAGAUUUGUCAAUUUUAAAACCUGGUGAAAAUUUAGGCACUGUAUUAGAAGCUGAUUUGAAAUCUGCUCGUUUAUUUAUAUCAAAAUUACAAUCACAAUUCGAUGAAGAACUUGGUUCAGCUAGACAAUUGCUUGAAGAAAAAACUAAACGUUUAUGUGAACUAGAAAAAAUUAUCAACAAUCAAGUAGUAGCAGUAACAUUAACUGAGACUACUGAUGUGACUACUCAAACAGAAGAACUAUCUUAUCCAAUAACAACAACCACACCUGCGACACCUAGUCCUGAUGAAUUAUUCUCACCGGAAUUAUUGCCUAGUUUAACAGUUGAUGCAGCAUCUGCAGCAUCAGCAUCAGCAGCAGAAGCCGCAGCGGCAGCAGCAGCUGCUGAUCGUCGAGGUCUUUCCAAUGAAUUAAUUCGUUUACAUGAAGAAAUGGGUCAAUCAAAAACGUAUGCAUGUGAAUUAGAACAACGAUUAACUGAAAUGGAAAGCGAAUUACAAUGUACAAAAGAGAAAUUAAUUUAUCAAACUACUCUAAGUAAUCGUCAUCAACAAAAUUGGAUUUUAAUUGAACAAGAAUAUCGUGAAUUACAACGUCAACAUAGAAGAUUAUUACAAACUAAUUGCAAUUUAUCAAUUGAACAAAAUACUCAACAUUCGUCUGCUAAUCAUGAUGAGACUAAAAUGGAAUUUGAUACAGCAUGUAUGAAUUAUGUAAAACAAAUUGAUUCGUUGAAUCAACAAUUAAUUGAAACAACAUUUGAAUGUCGUCGUUUAGAAGCAGAACGUACUCGUGUCGCAGAACGUAAUUCCGAUUUACAACGUGAAUUAGAAACAACACGAAUUUUAGUGAAUUCAUUAAAACAACAAAAUUCUCAGUGUAAAAAAUCAAUUGAACAUUUAAAUCAUAGUCGAAAAAGUGCACCAAUAAUGUUGCGCAAUCAUCAUCAUCAUCAUCAAUAUUUCCCUACAUCCAUACCCAACGGUAAUCAUAACGCCGAUGUUUGUGAUGAUAAUGAUGACGAUGAUCAUCAUCGUCGUAGUAAUAAUCGAUUAAAAAUGAAUCAUCAACGAUGUCGUAGUGAUUCAUUGGAAGAUUGGGAAGAUUAUAUACAAGAUGAUGAACCGGAUAAUGAUGGUGAUGAUGUCGACGACAACGUCAACGGCGUCAAUUAUUCAUCAUCAGUUAAAAGUAAAUUACCUCCUCCACCUCAUCAACAUCAUCGUGAUCAUUUCAAUGAUGAUUCAUGCAAGUUAAAAUAUCAUCCAUCGAUUACGCAACAAGAGGAAUUGAACAAUAAUGAUGAUGAUGAUGAUGAUGAUUUGAGGCCAAGAAAAUCGGGUCAUCAUUGUAAAUUACGUGCCAAUUCAAAACAAUUAAAUCGAUUAGCUUGUAGAACACAAGAAUUAGAAGAGUUCGCGUUGCGAUUACGUGAACAAUUCAAUCAGAUCUUAUCAGAAGAAGAGGAGAAUUCUGAACAACAAUCCUCUACACAAGUUCAUUGUUCAUCAAUAAACGUUUAUCCUAAUCAUCAAAUAAACGGUCAUCAUAAUCAACGAUGUGUUACAUCUACAUCAACUACUCCUUUAAUGUUAUCGAAAAAUCAAUAUCUCCUAAAUGGUUAUCAUCAUUCUAAUGGGCAUAUUAAUGAGAAUGGUGAUGAUGACGAAGACAACGUGGGUGAUGACGUCGGUGAUUAUGACUAUGACAAUGAUCUAAGAGAUCAAGAUACUGAUGCGGAUUCUUCAGCUUAUACAGAUUUAAGUCAAGUGUCUCCAGUAUCACAACCUAUUGAAUCAGGAUGUCAAAAUAAUAAUACUAAUACUAAGUUAACAAUGAAUAAUAAUUUACCAAUUAAUACAACAUCACAGCAUAGUGGGAGUGGCAGUGGUGGUUCAUCUCUGUUACAACAACAACAACAACACCAUUCACAAUCUGUUGGAUUGAUGUCAUCAAUUUCAAAGAAUUCAAGGAGUAGUCCUCCUUUGUCUUCUGCGGCGAUUAGGUUGAAUGGUUCCAGUUCUAGACUUUCUGAUCCAAUUCCACCGUCUUGGAGUUUCGAUCCUAACCGACUGAAAGAAUUACAUUUGCGCAAUCGUUUACAACCAUCGCAUUUACGAUCCAGUUAUCCAGUUGAAACUCAGGUAAUCAACUCUAAAGAUAUCGUUGGUACAUUAAGUCAAUUAACUUCGGAAAAUAUCAAUCAAUCAUCUAAUCGAAUCAUCAUUAAAGCAACGAAUCGCAAAACUUAUCACAAUCACACUCAUAAUAAAGAGUCUUCUGUAAGCAAUGCUAACACCAAUAACAACAACAACAGUACUACGACUACCACUUGUCGAACAAUUCCUUCAACGUUAUUAUUCAAUGAACAACAGCAGAAAAAUUCCAGUUUAAAAUCUAUGCAAGAGAUCAAUUGUUUCGUGCAAGAAUCAACAACACCAUCCCCGUUAGCUGCUGGUUAUCAACCUUUACCAAAAGAUAUACAAUCAUUUAGUGAAGCACUUAUCUCUGCAUCUGUUGAUUUUAAGGCAAUGGAUCCAAAUCUUAUCAAGUCAAUAAAUACAGAGAAAGAUAAUAGUAAUAAUCAUAAAUCACCAUACUACUCUUUGUCUACCAAUAUUCAAAAUGUAAAUAUGCCAACGUUGGAUAGAAAAAUUGGAUUCUCUCAUAACCUUAUUCCUGAUACAUGUUCAAAUCAUCAUCAACAUCACAAAACUCAUUCAAAAUGCAAUUAUCCUAUGACUGAAUCGAAAAUACACAACGUGAAUGUUGGAGGCGGUGGUCUCUUGUCUGAUAAUGAAAAUAUCAAUCCACCUUUAUUGAAUUCAAAUCAAGCGAAUCGUCGAUUGACUGAUAAUGAUCGAUUAUUUGUGAAACCAUUCGAUCCAGUGUAUCAUCGACGACAAAGAAAUAAAAAACAUGAUAAUAACAGUAAUAAUUGUGAUUAUUCUAUUCCACGUACCAAUACUACUAAUAAUGGUAUUUCAUCGACUAGUUCUGUACAAAGUGUGGAUGAAUUAAGCGGUGCGUCAAGUAUUCGAAGUAGUAAGAGUUCAAUUGCUUUUGAAAUUAAAAAUGAUCAAAAAAUCACAACAGUACGUCGUUUACCAAUCGUGUCAACACGACAACUUUCUUCUCAAUCUUCUAAUCAUAGCCAGAAUACUGGUAAUAACAAAUUACAAAAAUCCAUUGGUCAUUUCAGUAAAAAGAAAUCGCAUAAUUUCAAUUCGAAAUCUUCAUACUCUUCAUCCAAAUUAAUGAUGACCACAACGAAUAGUAUGGUUGCUACUGCUGCUGCUGCUGUGGCUACUAGUACUCCAGCCGUUCCUCAUUAAUGAUGCUGCUGAACUAUGAUCAACCUUGUACAUUGUUCUCUCUCUUUUUUUAAAAAAAACAAUAUAUUUUUCUAAUCUGAAUUGUUUCGCCUUAAAAAGAAAAACACAUCACAACGAAAACCGAAGCGCUGAUCCCCAUCCUCCUCCUCCUCUUCAUCUCGACCAUCAAUCGACCGACCGAUCGAUCGAUCGAUCAAUGAAUCAAGAAGCUGCUAAAUUUUCUGUCAAAUCUCUCUGUCUCUCUCUAUCUCUCUUCAUUGGAUUCACAUUCCAGUGAAACACAACCACCUUGUUAGUUUUUUCUCCGACAUAUUUUAAUUAUUAUUAUUAUUAUUACUAUUUUGUUAAUGAUCAUUUUUUAUCCUUUUUAAUGAAUCUUGAUUGAGGUACUGCUGCUGACUACAACAACUACUGUUACUACUACUCUCACUCAUUCUCUUCAGGCGUUCCUUCUUUUUUUUUUGUACACCCAACUAGCCAUUUUGUAUGUAUGUAAUUACUAUAUUUUUUUUUGGUUUUUGUUCAAUGAACGUUGAAUCAUGUUGAAUCUUUUUUGUUUUUUCAUCAACGUCAUCGCCAACAUCGUCUUUGUCAUUGUUGUCUUCGUUAUCGCCAACCUUCAACAUGUCUACUACCAUCUAUUUUUUUUACACACACACACGCGAUGCGCGGAAAAUUUAAACAACAAUCAUGUUCAAUGAUCAAUAUUGAUCCCGGUUCUUUACUUAGUGUUUACUCUUGUUUGUAUUUUCUAAUUAUUUUCUGUUCUACAAAAAAAAUGAAAAUUAUGCAACUGUUGUAUAGAGUAUUUGUGAAAUGAUCAAUGGGGAGAGGGGUGUGGCUGGCAAAUGCAAACACGAUUUGUAGAAAAUUGUUUUUUUUUUUACAGAAAAGAAAAUGUAAUUAAUUCUCU